GCCCUUUCCCCUUCUUCCCCUGCUCCUGUGACCCCCUCACCCUCUGUUUCCCUCCCUGACCUUUAACUCAUCCUGUUCUCCCUCAGCAUCCUCCAAGCUUCCAGCCUCUGUGCCUGCCCCCCUUCUGUUCUCUGUCAGGACGGACUCCUCUCCCCCUGCUCUGUGCUCUAUGCCGUCUUCCUUCUCGCUCCUAACCCACCAUUCCCUUCUGGGCCCUUCACCCCUUCACAUCCCUCCCCUCUGCCCAUUUUCCCAUUCCCUUCCCCAGACCUUCUUAUCUUAUUCCCAUUAUUCUCUGAGGGUACUGAGAGUAUGGAUUUAGACCCAUAAUCCACAGGGUAUCAUAUUCUCAUUUACUUAGGGGAGCCUGGCCCACCCUGGGUCCAGCACCCUCAACCCUGAACACAUGUUCUUCCUCUUUCAAAAGCAACCACCCUGACUCUUCCAGGAUUCUUCACCCAGGAGAGCUACAUGUAAGGGUGGCUCCUCCCGUCAGAGGGCAUCUAUGCAUUUGUAUGAUUAAACACUGAGCAAAAAGUAUGUUCUGUAGUUUUUCUCCCACUCACCUCUCUCUGCCUCUUUCCUUCCCUCCCUCCAUCUCCUCUUCCCCUUCUCCUAAAGAUGCAGAUUCCUGGGGCCAAUCCUAAGAGAAUUGCCUGGGACUACAGGUGGGGUGGGCAGGCUGGGCACUUGCCACACACACACUCACACACUCAGAUUGACUUCCUCUACCCUCCCCCACCCUGACUCUUACCCUAGCGGUAGGUGCUCAAGGAAUCACAAGGUUCUUGACUCUAAAUUAAGAUCCAAGAAAAGCUUAGAGCUGUGGGCAAGGAAGUCAGAAGGAAGCCUGAGAAUAAAAGCCGAAAAUCUGGGUCACAGCUGAGGAAGAUCUCGAGCAUGGAGUCCAGGAUGUGGCCUGCGCUGCUGCUGUCCCACCUCCUCCCUCUCUGGCCACUGCUGUUGCUGCCCUUCCCACCACCUGCUCAAGGCUCCUCCUCCUCCCCUCGAACCCCACCAGCCCCAGCACGUCCCCCAUGCGCCCGGGGAGGUCCCUCAGCCCCACGCCAUGUCUGUGUGUGGGAGCGGGCACCUCCACCAAGCCGAUCCCCUCGGGUUCCAAGAUCCAGGCGGCAAGUCCUGCCAGGCACCGCGCCCCCUGCCACCCCAUCAGGCUUUGAAGAGGGGCCACCCUCAUCCCAGUAUCCCUGGGCUAUUGUAUGGGGCCCUACAGUGUCUCGAGAGGAUGGGGGGGAUCCCAACUCUGCCAAUCCUGGAUUUUUGCCCCUGGACUAUGGUUUUGCAGCCCCCCAUGGGCUGGCUACCCCACACCCCAACUCAGACUCCAUGCGGGGUGAUGGAGAUGGGAUCAUCCUUAGAGAAGCACCUGCCACCCUGCGGCCAUUCUUGUUCGGGGGUCGUGGGGAAGGUGUGGACCCCCAGCUCUAUGUCACAAUUACCAUCUCCAUCAUCAUUGUUCUCGUGGCCACUGGCAUCAUCUUCAAGUUCUGCUGGGACCGCAGCCAGAAGCGGCGCAGGCCCUCAGGACAGCAAGGUGCCCUGAGGCAGGAGGAGAGCCAGCAGCCGCUGACAGACCUGUCCCCAGCUGGGGUCACUGUGCUGGGGGCCUUCGGGGACUCGCCAACCCCCACCCCUGACCACGAGGAGCCCCGAGGGGGACCCCGGCUUGGGCCUGGGAUGCCCCAGCCCAAAGGGGCUCCAGCCUUCCAGUUGAACCGGAUUCCCCUGGUGAAUCUGUGAUGCCCAUCAAUGUUGGGGUGCCACCAAGCAGGAGGCCAAGGGGCCGGCAUAGCCACCAUCCCACUGAGGGUAGGGCAGCUGUGGGAGCUGGGGCUGCAGGGCUCCUGGCUUCUGCCCUGGCACACCACCCUGGAACACUCACUGGCCCUAUAGGCAAUCCUAUCUGCUCACCCUCCUUUAAGUGGGGCCUCUGGUUUCUGGUGCCCCCUCCCCACCCUUGCACACUCACAUGAAAGCCUUGCACACUCACCUCCACUCUCACGGGCCAUUGCACACACUCAUGCUCUUGUGCAGCCAGCCUUCUGCACCCUCUCCCCAUCCCCCUCUCUCCCCUCUGCUGACCCCCCACAUUCUCUCUCUUGUUUCUCAUUUUUCAUUUUCUCUUCCCACAUUUCAUGCUCAUCUCAGUCACUCAGUGGUCAGUGGCUGACUUUACCAUUCCUCUCACAUGCAUUUCCUGGCUCCAUGUUGUGUUGUGUGUUGUGCUUACAUUCUCCCUCAUGAACACCCACUGAUCUAUUUUCUGUGGCUCCUGCAUGCUGCCCCAGAGGUGGGUGGGAGGUGAGCUGGGGGCUCCUUGUGCCCCCCAUCUGUCAUGGCCCAUCCUGUUCCUGGUCAUGAGUUUCACUGUCUCCCUCAUUCCACUCCAUGGGUGAUCUCAUACCCUGAGGGCUCCCAUAAGGAUGAGGGUAGUGAGGCCCCACACUUCUCCCCCACCCCACUGCUAAGUUCUGUUGUCUGGGAGAUGGGUUUUGGGGAGUCACCUGCUGCACUACCCACGAAAGGGGCUCCCAUUUGCCCUGCCCUUCCUCCUAAGUCCCUUUGUCUUAUCUGUCCUGGCUGUCUGUGUGUGUGUCACUCUCUGGAAUUCAGAGCCCCCUGAGCCAGUCCUCUACUUCCCAGCCUCUCGAAGGGCCUCCCUAAUUCCACUGAGGCUGCCAGGGAAUGGAGCCAGCUGGUUCAAGGCCAUUGGGAGCUCUGCCUCCCAAUUUAUCCCUCCCCUUCUUGGGCUCCCCAACAUCACUCCUUCCCUCCCUCCUUUGUUCUUCCACUCUCCCUCCUUUUGUCCCCCUGCCCCCAGGUUUCUCCCUACUUCUCAUAAUUUUUCCCACCUUCCUUCUUCCUCUCUUACCUGGCUCCUAUGCUGUGAUAUAUAUUUUUGUAUUAUCUCUUUCUUCUUGUGGUGAUAAUCUUGAAUUCUUGUGGGAUGUAAGUUUCAAAAUUUUCAAAUAAAGCCUUUGCAAGAUACC